AACUUGGUUUCGAUUUCUGCUUUUACCCGAGUCGCUGGUUUAUUCCGGUUGUGGGUUUUUCGUUUAUAAUAGGGACCGGAUUAUCCGGCUAAACAACUUGUUGCGAGGAAGAAGAAACCCUAACUCGCCAUGGAUAAGGAGAGAUACUCCAGGAGCAACCGGGACGAUCGUGAUCGGGAUUCGAGUGUGGAUCAUUCUCCGGAACGUGAAGGCGGACGCCGGCAUCAUGGUCGUGAUCGCGAUGGCGAUUCGAAGCGUCGUGAUUCAGAUCACCACCGGUCAUCGAGGCGCGACGAUAGGGAGGAUGAGAGAGAUAGGACUAAGGAUAGAGCUCGGGACAGGGGGAGAUCUGUUGAGCGAAGCGAGAGGGAAGGGAGUAGAGAUAGGGAAAAGCAUCAUGAGAGGUCUCACGAGGUAAGUAAGGAGAAGGAAGCGAGGAGCAAGAGGAAAGAGAGAGAGGAAGAGAAUGGGAGUAGAGAGGGGAAGAAGAAAUCUAGGUUUUCUGACGGGAAUGGUGAGAGGAGGAGCAGGUUUGAGGAUUCGGCUAUGGAACAUGAGAACAAAAAUGCUGAAGUAACUGAGGGUUCUGGGGCCAUGAACGGAACCAGUGGCGUCCCGAUUGGCGCUGCUUCAUAUGCAUCGGAAACUUCUUUGGCCCCUAGUCAAACCCUGCUCACUAAGGUAUCUUCGAUAUCUACAACGGAUGAAAAUAAGGGAGUUAGUAUUGUCAGGUCUCAUGAGGUUCCUGGAAAAUCUAGUACAGAUGGAAGAACAUCCUCAACGGCUGGGAAAAGUAGUGCAAAGUUGUCCCUUGAUGCACUAGCGAAAGCUAAAAAAACAUUACAGAUGCAAAAGGGUUUGGUACAGCUGCAAAAGGGACUGGCGGAGAGAAUGAAGAAUUCUCCUUUGCCGAAGCAGGGUACUAACUCAACUUCAGAAGGUAGCACGCAUACCAGAGGGCCAUCAUCGACUACCACUCCUGCUGUCUCUGCAGGAACAUCUUCUGCUUCGGCACUGCCACAUGCUGUCUUUCCUGGCCUUGAUAGUAUUGCCACCAUUGAAGCUGUUAAGCGAGCUCAGGAGCGGGCAGUUAACAUGGGUGGCCGCCUGGAUCCAGGGUUUGGUCCCCUUAUCAAUUUAUUUCCAGGACAGACACACGCACAGACGCCUGUUCCACAGAAACCGGCGAAGCCCCCUGUUCUGCGUGUGGAUGCACUUGGAAGGGAGAUUGAUGAACAUGGAAAUGUGAUUAGUGUGACUAAACCAAGCAAUCUUAGUACAUUGAAGGUUAACAUCAACAAACAGAAGAAGGAUGCUUUUCAGAUUCUUAAACCUCAGCUGGAAGUAGAUCCUGAAGAAAACCCCCAUUUUGAUCCAAGGAUGGGUAUUGAUAAGAACAAGAUUUUGAGACCUAAGCGUAUGAGUUUCCAGUUUGUGGAGGAAGGUAAAUGGACAAGGGAUGCUGAGAAUUUGAAGUUAAAGAGCCAAUUUGGUGAAGCAAAAGCAAGAGAGCUGAAGGUGAAGCAAGCGCAUCUGGCAAAGGCAAAGGAUGAUAUAAAUCCAAAUUUGAUAGAGGUAUCCGAACGUGCCCCAAGAAAAGAGAAGCCCAAGGAGCCAAUCCCGGAUGUUGAGUGGUGGGAUGCGAAUGUCCUCAUCAAAGGCGAAUAUGGCGACAUAGCUGAUGGGGCAAUUACCGAUAGCGAUCUGAAGAUAGAAAAACUCACUCAUUACAUUGAGCAUCCCCGUCCGAUAGAGCCACCUGCAGAGGCAGCGCCUCCACCACCCCAACCUCUGAAACUGACAAAGAGGGAACAGAAGAAACUGCGAACCCAGAGGCGUCUAGCAAAAGAAAAGGAGAAACAGGAGAUGAUCAGACAAGGGUUGCUUGAACCACCAAAAGCGAAGGUGAAAAUGAGCAACCUAAUGAAGGUUCUCGGGGCUGAAGCAACCCAGGACCCAACGAAGCUAGAAAAAGAGAUCCGCACAGCAGCAGCCGAGCGUGAACAGGCUCACACGGACAGGAACGCAGCAAGGAAGCUUACUCCUGCAGAGAAACGUGAGAAGAAAGAGAGGAAGCUGUUCGACGAUCCAACAACGGUUGAGACGAUUGUAUCAGUGUACAAGAUCAACAAGCUAUCGCAUCCUAAGGCAAGAUUCAAAGUGGAGAUGAAUGCAAGACAGAACAAACUAACAGGGUGCAGUGUGAUGACGGAUGGGAUGAGUGUGGUUGUGGUUGAAGGUAAGAGCAAAGCGAUAAAGAGAUACGGGAAGCUGAUGCUGAGUCGAAUAAACUGGGAAGAGGCGGUGAAGAAGGAAGGUGAGGAAGGAGAAGAAGAAGAUGAAGACGGAGAGGAGAAUGGUGGGAACAACAAGUGUUGGUUGGUUUGGCAAGGAAGUGUCGCGAAACCGAGUUUCCAUAGGUUUCAUGUACAAGAGUGCUUGACCGAAUCUGCUGCCAAGAAAGUUUUCACGGAUGCUGGUGUUGCUCACUACUGGGAUCUCGCUCUCAAUUACACAGAAGACUAAAAUCAUCCUCUUCCUCAUAUUUUGUCAAGCUACUACUUCAGCGCUGGAGAGUGUCACGUAUCAUUUUGAGUUUUUUUUUUUUUUAAAGAAAAAAAUUCAGUUGAAAACAUUAAGUCUUCUCUAUUGAAACCAUAUACCCAUCAGUUAAUGUCAUCAUGAAAGUGCAUAAAAUGAAGGGACUCAAUAGUUUUUACUGAA